AACUUCUGCUGCUUUGAUUGUAGACACAAAAAACUGCGAAAUCAAGGAGAAGGACAGCGCCCAGAAUAACUGUAAACCUCUGCGAACUGUGUGGAGCAUCGCGUUGGAAAUGGGACUACAGUCAUACUCUCCGUGCUGUCGGACGUUAAAACAGAGGACAUGUCUUUUGGUUUGUUAAAGCCACAGUGCAACACUCAGCUCUCCAAGCAUGCUACAGUAGUGACAGUAUCUCUCCGCUCAGCAGCACUGUUUGAUCCAAGAGAAACGUGCCUUGUAAGGAAGCAGGAUGUUCACAGGAUCCACCAAACUGCCACCCACUAAAAUCCCCCAGCCUGAACGGCUGGAUGAAGUGUACGCUGCCUUACGAAGAGGCUUACAGUCGUACCUGCAGGUCCACCAGCUGGAGCUGGACAGUCUGGGUCAGCAGAUCAAAGAAAACAAGAGAAAUGGUCGUUUGGGGUCUUUGUAUGAGCAGGAUAAGCAAGUGAAAGCCAUAGAGAGGUUCAUGCGUCGCUUGGAAUUCCAUCUCAGCAAGGUUGAGGAGCUGUAUGAUGCUUAUUGUAUACAGCGACGACUGCGUGAUGGAGCAAGUAAGAUGGUGGCGGCCUUUAACUCCGCCACUGGCAGCAAGGAGGCCAGAGAGAGCCUGAGCGAAGCAAACAAGGGAUACAGGGAAUGUACAGAGCACAUGUGCUCACUUGAGAGUGAAUUAGAAAGCCAGAUGGGAGAAUUUCAUGUCAAGAUGAAGGGCCUUGCUGGCUUUGCACGGCUGUGUGCAGGUGACCAGUAUGAGGUCCUGAUGCGUUAUGGGCGUCAACGCUGGAGGCUACGAGGCCGCGUGGAGGUCAGCAACAAGCAGAUAUGGGACAGCGAAGAAUAUAUUUUCCUGCCUCUCGUCACAGAGCUGCUGUCAAUCAAGGUGACGGAGCUUAAGAGCCUGGCCAAUCAUGUGGUGGUGGGUAGUGUGUCCUGCGAGAUGCUCGACCUGUUCUGCCCACUCCCCCAGACGCUCGCCGUGGACAUCAACGACCUCGGGACGGUGAAGUUAAACUUGGAGGUCACCUGGAGCCCGUUUGAUAAGGAUGACCAGACGUCAUCCACCAGUACAGUUUCUAAACGGCUGUUGUCCAAUCAGAGCCCCCCUGACACGCCCUCUAUGCGGGAGCAGGUGUUUUAUAGCGUGCCUCACGGCAGGCCCAGACAGAACUACUCACUGCUGGAGGCCUUCCACGAUGUCCCGACGGACAGGACGGCAUCCUUGCGUUAUGACUUCAGCCGUACAACCCCUCGAUUCACCUCUGUACAGUCGUCUCUGCUGAAGCGACAGGGGGAAAUGGAUAACGGGACAGUCUGGUCCAACUCCUCUGAAUCCUCUGAUGACUCCUCCAGUCCGGCGCUGGCUCAUCACGCUCAGAGGCUGACGGCGUCCAACAUGCUGCAAAGCACUCUCACCAGUCAGCUGUCGUUCACUCCGCACAAGUCCAGCGCAUCAACACCAUCACUGUCGUCCAACCAAGAGGAGGACGAGACAGAGGCCGGGGAGGUCUUCUCUCAGAGAGAUGCGGUGCCUAACGGCCAUCUGCAGACUUCCUGCUCUCACAGCCAUGUGAGUGAGAGCAGCCCAGACUGUACUGUGACUGACAGGGCGUCUGUCCCGUCAGCUGACCUCUCUGAAACCUCAGCAGACCUGAGCUGCUCAUGCCCCGACGUCUCGUCUGCACUUCCUGUGUUGUUGGUGGAGACAGCUGAGAGCCAUGUGUCUGAAAGUGGCAUCCCACAAGUGUGUGUUUCAGCAGAGGAUGUAAAGGAUGAUCCAUGUGAGGACUCAUCUGCACAGGCUGAGGCAGAGACAGAGGACAACACCACUGAAGCAGGAGGUGGCCACCAGGUAGAAGCAUCAGAGAAACACAGUCAGUCACAUCAGUCCAUCCAGGAGCUAAAACAACCAGAGGAUGCUCCAACGGUUCCUUUUCCUACUUCCUCUAGUUUCACUCAGGAAGUUGAGACAGCCCUUGAAAGUUUUGACUUUCUCAACUGCUCUGACCUUGAGGAGGAGGAGGAGGAGGAAGAGGAGGAGGAGGAGGAGAAGGAAGAGGAGGAGAAGGAGGAGGAGGAUGAGGAGGAGGAAGAAGAUGAGCAUCAAGAGGAAGAGGAAGGAGAAAAGGAAGAGGAGGAUGGACAACAUGAAGAGGACCAAAACAAAGUGGAAGAAGAAAAAACACAGGAAGAAGAAAAGGUUGAAGAGAAUUUCUACUCUGGAGGAAGCAGUGAUGUGGAGGAAGCAGAUGGCCUCGAGAUCCUCAUGGAAGCCCCAGAAGGAUUUAGGAACUCAGAUGAGGAUCGUUUCUCUGAAUCGCAGGAGUCGAGCGUGGAAGACGUGCAGGAUUUGGGACAGAUGGAAAUGCCAGAGGAGAAGGAGGAACCCAGCGAGGAAAAGGGAGAUGAACGACAUGGAAAAGACGCAUCACAUGAUCAAGAGGAAAGUCCCUCCACCCCCAGCCAUUUGGCCACUACUGUCUUUUAAUGACACAGUGGAAUUAUAACUAAACCAUUUCUCCCACUCUGAUCUACUCAUGCCAUCUCCCUCUUACACUGAGGGACCAGAGGCCUUGAGGGUGUUCCACUUACUGCUCAGACAAACAAGCUCUUCCAUUACGGUGGAGUUUGUGCACAUAUUUGCCUUGUUCUGACCAAGAACGAUAAACCUCGGGGUUUCUGCACCUCAGUCAUGACUGAAAAAAAAACCACACGCACACACACACAUCCCUUCAAAAGUUCUCGCUCCUUCAACACACACUCUGUCAUGUUGCCUGGGUUUAAGUGGGAUACCACAUAAGUUUACACUUUCAUAAACUGUUCCUGUCAUGUGCAAAUUCAAUGUCCAAAUUGCCAACAUUUCAGGAACAGCUAAAAGCGGCCUUGUUUUUGGCUUUAUUAUAGUGCAUUUUUUAAGUGAUCUAAUAAUUUCGAAAUGUUUUUAUAAGUUCAAGUUGAUGCAUUUCCUCAAUCUACAGAGAACACAAUCACUUACCGAGUUACAUUUCAAGGUUUUCAAAACUAUCAGUAUUUGCAGACAUGAAAAACUAUUAAGGGUUUAUGAUUUUCAGUGUUAAAUUGGCGUACAGCCUUGAGCUCUUUCACUGUCAGCAGGACAGGAAAAGAUUUCAUGAGCAUGUGAUGUUUGUCUGAAGAUUUUUAUCAACAUGAAGUCAUUUCCAAAGCAGGAAUGUACCCUGAGAACCAACAGGAUAUUUUCAUUUUAGGCAUCAGAGACAGCUAAUGAGAAUAUUCAGUGAUACAUGAUUAACCUUCAAAGCUGUACCAGGGCCUGAGCUGAAUACAUUAUGUAGGAAAUGAAUAGAAACACUUGAAGGAUAGCAGUCUGAGUUUCUCUUCAAAACUCAUUUUGGUCCAGUUUUUACAAACAUGGAAACAAUCUGCAGUGUAAAACUAUAUUUAAAUCUGCAUGUGUAGCUGCCUCACACUGCCAGCAUGUCCGUAUGAAAAGCUCAUCUGAUCAGUUUUAGUGUGUAAGCUAGGCUCCAGUUUCAAGGAAGCCAUUGGGUCUGUAGCUGUGUACAAAAGCUGCCUCACGGGGGCGCCAUAGUCUUUCAGCAUCAUGCUUUAACGUCGUUCUACAAAAGCCUCGUCAUUCAGAAAGUGCCUCAAGUGACAGAGAUGGAAGGUUUUAAAUGCCGGGACAGGAGGGAUCAGGCAAAAGAUAACAGUGUUUAUUUUCUGAAUUACUUUAAGAGUGUGCACAAUAAGAGAUAUUUACUGUUUCAUAUAAAGAAUUGUAUAUGUCUUGAAAUGUUAAAAUGUUUUAUGUUCAGAAAUGUUUAAACUUUAUAAAGGUUUCUUUGAAGGUAA